AGCUUCCCUCCCAGGCUCCUUCCUGGGAGGAAGGGGCUGCCCGUGCCACAGCAACAGGGCAAGGGAGGGAAGGAGGCUGGCAGGUGUUGCAAUCCACAGUCCCCCGGCCUGUCAGAGGCCAGGCCAUUAACGACAGGGCUGGGGAGAGAAGCCAGACGGCAGCUGUUUUCAGGAACUUGGCUAAAGAGAGCGGAGACCGGGGAGGCCAGGCGGCUGCAGGGCCGCAGGCUCCAGCAUGGGGAAACUGAAGCUCAGAAAGUAACUUGGCCAAGGUCACGGAGCUGGGAUAAACUGUCCCUUGAGUGGACACUUCUGUGGUGUGUACACAGCUCCUUGGAGAGUUCCAGCAAGAUUGAGUCCCAACGGUUCACACAGGCGACCAGCUUGACAAAGAAACUGAGGCUCACGGAGGUCAAGUAACCUGGCCAAAGCCACACUGUGGCAGAACGAGAAUUGAGCUCGGCUGUGACGCCAAAGUCCAAGACCUUAACCAUCCCCCCACCCCACCCCACCCGCCUGCAUGUGAACGCCGACCUGGCACCAUGGUGGGGCUGGGAGCCUGGAGCCUGCCCACAGCUGCUCUGAUCCUCCUGCUGCUCCCCAGAAGCCUGGAGGAGUGCGGGUACAUCAGCCUCCCAACCCGCAUUGUCCACCUGGGAGAUGCCAUCACGGCCUCCUGCAUCAUCAGCCAGAACUGCAGCCACCUGGGCCCAGAGUCGCAGAUUGUGUGGAAACUGGGGACAGAGCUUCAAUCCGGGGGGAGGCAGCAGCGCUUGCCGGAUGGGACCCAGGAAUCCACCAUCACCUUGCCCCACCUCAACGACCCACGGGCCCUUCUGUCCUGCUACCUGCGCUGGGGCCACAGCCUGCAGAUCCUGGACCAGGCUGAGCUGCAGGCAGGCUACCCUCCCGCCACGCCCCACAACCUGUCCUGCAUCAUGAACCUCACCACCGACAGCCUCACCUGCCAGUGGGAGCCAGGACGUGACCCCCACCUGUCUACCAACUUCACCCUAAAAAGCUUCAAGAGCCGGGGCCACUGCCAGGUCCGAGAGGAAGCCAUCCCGGACUGUGUGCCUGAGCACGGGCAGAGCCGCUGCUCCAUCCCCCGCAAGCAUCUGCAGCUCUACCAGAGCAUGGGCAUCUGGGUGCAGGCAGAGAAUGUGCUGGGGACCCGGGUGUCGGAGCAGCUGUGCCUCGAUCCCAUGGACGCUGUAAAACUGGAGCCCCCAACGUUGUGGGCCCUGGACCCCAGCCCUGAGCUGGCCAAACCCCAGCCGGGCUGCCUACAGUUGCGCUGGGAGUCACGGAAGGCAAGCCUGUACAUAGAACAGAAGUGCGAGCUGCGCCACCAGCCACAGCUCGGAAGAGCCAGCUGGACCCUGGUAGGACCCCUGCCCUCCAGCAGCCUCCAGCACAAGCUCUGUGGGCUCAUCCCUUCCAAAGUCUACACCCUGCAGAUGCGCUGUAUCCGCUGGCCCCUGCCUGGCCACUGGAGUGACUGGAGCCCCAGCCUGCAGCUGACCAGUUCACUACGGGCCCCCAGCGUCAGACUGGACACCUGGUGGUGGCAGAGGAAGCUGGACCCCCGGACCAUGGAUGUGCAGCUGUUCUGGAAGCCAAUGCCCCUGGAGGAAGGCAACGAGCAGAUCCAAGGGUACCUGGUCUCCUGGAGACCCUCAGGCCAGGCUGGAGCAGUCCUACCCCUCUGCAACACCACGGAGCUAAACUGCACCUUCCACUUGCCUUCCGAAGUCCAGGAGGUGGCCCUUGUAGCCUAUAACACCGCUGGGACCUCUCCUCCCACCCCUGUGGUCUUCAUGAGGAAAGGCCCGCCGCUGCGUGGACUCCGUACCACGGCCCGAGACCCCCACAGCCUCUGGGUGGGCUGGGAGCCCCCGAGCCCUCAGCCUCGGGGCUAUGUGAUUGAGUGGGGCCCGGGGCCCCCCAGCCCCAGCGGCAGCCCUAAGACCUGGAAAAUGGAGCAGAAUGGCAGCAUUGCAGGGACCCUGCUGCAGGAGAACAUCAGGCCCUUUCAGCUCUACGAGAUCACUGUGACCCCCUUGAACCAAGGCACCAUGGGACCCCCCCAGCACAUCUACGCCUACUCCCAAGAGACGGCCCCCGCCCACGCCCCAGAGCUACAUCUGAAGCACAUUGCCAAGACGUGGGCCCAGCUGGAGUGGGUGCCCCAGGCCCCUGAGCUGGGGAAAAGCCCCCUCACCCACUACACCAUCUUCUGGACCAAUGCUCAGCACCAGUCCUUCUCCACCAUCCUUAACGCUUCCUCCCAUGAGUUUGUCCUCACUGACCUGGAGCCUGCCACCCUGUACCACAUCCACCUCAUGGCUACCAGCCAGGCAGGAGCCACCAACAGUACAAGCCUCACCCUGAUGACCUUAGCUCCAGGAGAGUCCAAGCUGCACAUCAUCCUGAGCCUGUUCAGCCUCCUGCUCUUGCUGCUCUGCCUCUGUGGGGCCGUCCGGCUCUGCUGCAGACCCAGCAGGAAGAAUCCCCUCUGGCCAAGUAUCCCUGACCCAGCCCGCAGCAGCCUGGGCUCCUGGGUGCCUACCACCAUGGCAGAGGAGGUCUUCCAGCUGCCCAGCCUUUGGGACCCCAGCUUGCCACCCAUCACCAAGAUCACGGUUCUGGAGGAGGAAGAGAAGAAGCCAGGGCCCUGGGAGUCCAACGACAGCUCAGCAACCUGUAGUCUUCCCACCCUGGUCCAGGCCUAUGUGCUCCAGGGGGACCCGAGAGCACCUUCUAUGCAGCCCCAGUCGCAACCUAGCAGCAGUGAGCAAGUCCUUUAUGGACAGGUGCUAGGCAGCCCCACCAGCCCAGGACAAGGGCACUACAUCCGUUGCGACUCCACUCAGCCUCUCUUGGGGGGCCUCACCCCAAGCCCCAAGCCCUAUGAGAACCUCUGGUUCCAGAGCAGCCCACUAAGAACCCCAGAGCCUCUAGUCCCAAACCAGGAGGAUGACUGUGUCUUUGGGCCACUGAUUGACUUCCCCCUUCUGCAGGGACUCCAGGUCCAUGGGGUAGAAGGGUUGGGGGGCUUCUAGGGCUUCCUGGGAUGCCCCAGCUCUGUCUGCCUCAAGAAAUGCAAAGACACUCCUAGUUCCCCUGAGGCUCCCGGCAUGCCUCCGCCAUGCUCCCAGUGCCCAUGGGCUGGGCCUCCCUUUUUUUUUUUUUU